UGUCAGCUUGGUGUCAGAGUGUGACACUUCUCUCAGACAGAAUGGCUUUCUUCAAUCUCUUAGCUUCUAAAGCACUACUUAGUCACCUUUUCCACCCUGCCCUUACAGCUGGGCUCCUUUCUCUCUGUCUGCUUGUAAAUGCGAGCAUCAUCACCAAUCACACUCAAACCCCCCUCACCAUCCUCAUCACGUCCUCAACAGAGCCUUCACCCACUUGGCCUGAUGAUUAUCCUUCUGAUCCUCAGGGGGUGCUGUAUUUACAACAGCCUCCAAAGACAAAAGCUGUGGAAGGGGAGGAUGUGGUGUUGCCCUGUUUUUUAAAUAAGACUGAUGGGGAUGAAGAACAGGCUGUGGAGAAGGUGAGGUGGUACAUGAAGAAUGUGGAGGGACGGAGGACUGUGCUGAAUGGAAAUGAGACGGUGGAGGACGAGUUUGCUGGCCGUGUGUUUCUGUCUGGUGAUCUGUCAAUGGGGGAUUUGUCCCUGACAUUGAGGAACAUUUCGGUGGAUGAUCGAGGCCUGUAUCUCUGUGCAUUCAUUUCAGGACACUCGACUGUUGUUCAGGGUAGCGGGACCAAACUCAGCAUCCGUAAAAAGAUGGGUGUGAUGGAAGAGUCUGUGGGCACUAUAAUUGGCAUCACUGUGGCAGUAGUUGGCGUGGCAGCAGGGCUGGUUGCUGUGAUACUGACUCAGUUCAAGAACAAACUGAACUGCCUGCAGAAAUGAUACAGGAGCGAAUAGCAUAGAGUACCGUGGUUUCAGUAAAGGCCAAAGGUAAAAGAGAACAAGCAGUACACUGCCAAGACCUCACCAGAGCGCAGAGAAUGACCGCAGUGAACGGGGAGACCUUUCACUUAGCCCGGAUCGUGAAUGAUGAUAUAUAUACAAUUACAUACACAGACAGAUCCAGCGACCCCCCUCAACACGUACACCCUUAAAAAUAAAGGUUCUGAAGGGAGUUUCUGCACUGGGGCCACUGAACAGCCAUUUCUGCUUCUACAAAAAACUCCCAGUGAUCAGAUCUUACAAUAUUUUUUUUUUCUUUGAAGAAACUUCAAUUAUAAUCUGAAGAACACACUUUUCUGCUUUAAAAAAGCUUUAGCUGAAAAAGUUCCCAGUGGUGCUGAUGGUUCUUUGUGGAACCAACAAUGCCAUUAUAAGUGGUGUAAAGUAACAAAUUACAAAUACUCAAAUUACUGUAAUUGAGUAGUUUUUUUUUUUUAGGAAAUUGUAAUUUACUAAGUAGUUUUAACAUCAUGUACUUUUGCUUCCUCUUGAGUACAUUUUUAGUGCUGUAUCAAUACUUUUACUCCACUAUUUUCUUUCAACCUGCAGUCACUACUACUACUAUUUCUUGUCUGUGAGGAUUGGCUCAGUAUAAAAAUCAGUCUUGCGAUUCCUGCCCAAUCAAAUUGCACAUAGAAAGUAAAUCGCAUCAUACUGAACAACAUCAAGACAUGUGCGCUUUAUAAUUGCAGCAAACUGUUUGGAAGCCUUAAAAGUGUCCAAGAAGAUGUCCAAAAUCUUGCACCAAAUGCACUACAGAAUGUUACGUUUACACACACCCGUGCACAAAUUGCAUUUAAACGCAUCAACUUUUCACAGCGUAAUACUCUUUAGUACUUUUAAAAGGGCUACUUUUUACUCAUACUUUCAGUAAUAUUUACAACAAAUUAUUUUAAUCUACUUGCACUACAGUUUUGGGCAAGAAAUGGUACUUUUAAGUGAGUAUUAUUUUUUAGUACUCUUUCCACCACUGGCCAUUAUAGAACCUUUAUUUUUUAUGAGUGUACCCAUCACAUUAUAUCUAAUAUGAGCAAGAGCAGCUGAGUUAUGGACUGUCAUUCCUAUUUUUUGCAAGGAUUUGUUCAUGACGCAACCUAUGAAAAUACCUGGAUCAAUGCAUGAAUGGUUCUGAAGUUGGAAAAAUGUUUUGGUACACGUUUUUUAUCACUUUAUUUACUUAUUUAAUCUAGUGUGCUGUGUCUGCUUUUGUUUUUCGUAUUAUUAUCAUGUUCUUUUGAGUUUUUCCAAUGCUCAAAAGUGCAAACUUAUACAGUUGAAGUCAGAAUUAUUAAACCCCUGAAUUAUUAGCCCCGUUUAUUUUUUCCCCAAUUUCUGUUUAACUGGGAGAUAUUUUUCAACACAUCUCUAAACAUGAUAGUUUUAAUAACUCAUUUAUUAAAAAAACUGUAAAAACUGAUUAAUUUUAUCUUCACCAUGAUGAUAGUACAUAAUAUUUAACUAGAUAUUUUUCAAGACACUUCUAUACAGCUUAAAGAAGGGGUGCUCAACCCUGUUCCUGGAGAUCUACCUUCCUACAGAGUUCAGCUCCAACCCUGAUCAAACACAUCUGAACCAAUUAAUUAGGACCUGAACAGCACUUGAUAGUUACAGAGAGGUGUGUUUGAUAAGAGUUCCAACUGAAAUCUGCAGGAAGGUAGAUCUCCAGGAACAGGGUAGAGCACCCCUGGCUUAAGCUACGGUCACACUGGGCUUUGUCUGUGCGAAAUAUUGUCGUAUGGCGCUGCGAAAAGGGGCGGGAUUAAACAAGAUGAUUAGACAUUUAAAAAAAGCGAGUGAUUGCUCUAUGUUUUAAAUUUCUGUCCAGAGAGGUCUUGUUUUGAUCCUUGGUUGGUCUCACGCAGUCAAGUAAUGCGAUUUCGCAGGUCAGAGUUCACCAAGCUUGAACUUUGCACCGCAGCGACCUGCGAAACGUGACGCAUGACCUUGCGUUUCCGGUCUGACGCAUUUGCGUGCGUAUCAAUGGAAGUCUAUGGGGACAAAAGCCCAGUGUGACCGCAGCUUUAAAGUGACAUUUAAAGACUUAACUAGGUUAAUUAGGUUAACUAGGGGUUACUACAUUUUUGGGUGAACCAUUACUUUAAAACCAGAUUUUUCAUAUUAUCAUAUGACAAAUGAAAGUUAGCACAGUGAUGUGGGUUAUUGUAUAACUGAAAUAGUUCGAGUAGAUGAACAGAUGUGUGGGCAGAAUCUUGGUUUGGCACCAGAGGCACCUCUGUUUGGUUUCCCAAUCAGAAACCGAUCCUGCAUCAGGAGACAACAUGGAAUACGUUUACUCUCAGGAGAAGCAGCUCUAAGUUCUCUGGUGCUUCAGUUUUCCGUUUUGAUUAAAAAACCUAAUUACAAAAUUCUUCAUUUUCACCUGCAUGUCUUCUGUAAGAUCCGCCAGGGCCUUCGCCUCAGAAAUAGCCAGUUGUAAACUGUUUUGGCUGUACAGUUCUUUUGUCUCAUGAGCUUAGGGUUAUUUACUGUGAAAAUCACUAUCUGUCCUUUUGACACAAAUAAACAAGUUUCAUUAUUCA